AUGUCCUUCCGUCCCCGAAGAUCGGUGCUGUUCCUUCCAGGAUCAAACACGCGAGCCAUCAACAAGGCUAGAACGCUACCUGCCGACGUGGUGAUCAUGGACCUCGAAGACGCCGUAGCGCCCGACGUGAAGGUCGAUGCGAGGAUGAACGUGGUGAAAGAGAUCGACAGUGGAGGGUUUGGACACAGGGAGGUAGCGAUCAGAUGCAACGGGCUCGACACAGUGUGGGGCAAGGACGACAUUCGUGCCAUCGCCAAGAGCAAGGCGAAUGCGGUUGUCAUUCCGAAAGUGGAGGACAGGAACGUGGUGAUCGAAGCGCAGAAGAUCAUCUCGCAGGAGAUGCGCAAAGAUCUUCCGAUCUGGUGCAUGAUUGAAAGCCCGAUGGGGGGUCUUUCCGCAGCGAGAGAAUCCAAGGAGAACCCUCUGCAAGCUGUCGUGAUGGGAACGUCCGACCUUACCAAGGACCUGCACGCACUACACGUGCCGUCUCGCUUCCCCUUGCAGACUUCGCUGCAGAUGGUCCUGCUGUCCGCUCGAGCCCAUGGCCUUGUGGCUCUGGAUGGGGUGCACCUGGACAUUGAAAACAAGGAGGAGUUUCUGCAGCAUUGCACCGCAGCGAAGCAGAUGGGGUUCGAUGGCAAGACCCUGAUUCACCCAACUCAGAUUGGACCGGCCAAUGAAGUUUUCUCUCCCUCCGCCGAUGACGUCAAACUAGCGCAGGAGAUCAUCGCUGCCUACAACGAGGCGGUGAGCUCCCUCCCUGCCCAGCUCCCUCCCAGCAGUGAUGGACUUGCGAGCAGCUCGAAAAGAAGAGCAACGUUGCCGUUGUGCGAGGGAAGCUCAUCGAGUGAGUUCGACACGCGCCUUCCUCAGCCCUGA